UAUUAUAUAUGUCGACCGGUGCUUAGCCGGGAAGGGGGCGGGGGCGGCGGGGAGAUAGCGCGCCGGUCGCCACGCGCGCAGAACGCGACCGCGGCGCAGAACACGACCGCGAUCCGAUGGAGCUGGCCGUGACGAACGCGACGGCGUCGCCGUUGUCACCCGCGUCGACGGCGUUCCCGGGCCGUUUGCCGAGUACCGGAUUGCAGAUUGGCGUCACCAGCCUGUACGCUUUUGGCAUAUUCGGCAACCUGCUGGCGCUGUUCAUAUUGCACCGGACCAGGUCAAGCAGCAACCAGAAGCACGGGUUCAUGUUGCGGUGCCUGGCCACCAACGAUUGCAUCGCCCUCACCGGCAUGCUGGUCCAGAUGUUCGUGAGUGUCUGCUGGCCGGGCACCAGGAACAACGUGUGGUCGUGCCGGAUCCGCGUCCUGUGGCGGUUCUUCGGGCUGGGCUCCGGGUGCGUGGCCAUCGUGAUGGCCGUCGAACGCUGGCUGGCGCUCACCAAACCGUUUUUUUACCAAAAGCACAUUAGCCUUCGUCUACUUAAACGAAUGAUGGUCAUACUUUGGCUAGGAGUUCUGUGUUUGGUGUGCGCACCAUAUUUUGGAUUCGGUCUUUACUGGGACGAGACAACGUCGACGUGUGUGCGUUACCGGAAUGCCAAGAAGCCUUUGGACGUGUUAUACGCUUACUUAUAUUUCGGUCAUGGUGCGUUUUUAUGCUUUGCAAUAGUCUACACGAACUUGGCCGUUAUGAAAGCUCUGUGCAUGAAGGACAGUCCUCACAACAAGCACAACGUGUUAAUGAGACGCAUCAGCCGAGGAUCGUCGUUGACUUGCAACGCGGCUACCAAAGAGGAAAGAGCGUUCGGUUGGCUUAUGUUUUUGCUGUGCGUCGCGUUUGUCACGUGUUGGGUCCCGCAAAUGAUAUCGAUACCGCUGUCCAGGUUCAUGAUGGACGAGACGAAGAUCCGGCCGUUCUACAUCGCCGCGGACAUGCUGCUGGCCAUGCACUUCGCGCUUGACCCGUACCUGUACGUGCUCCAGCACUGGACGCUGGUCAAGUCCAUAUGCAUGCGGCCGCAGAACAAGAAGAACGCGAACGGCGGCAGCACGAGCGUGAGCCGCAGCAGUUCCAUGCGAACAACGUACGAAGUAUUCUCGCAGCAGCCGCUCUGAUUGCGAUUUACAUAAUAAUAUUAUGUACGACGGCUGCAAUUCCGCUGCUGCUGCUGCUGCACGAGUGUGUUUGGGCAUGACCGUACAAUAAUACAAAUAAUAAUAAUAUAUUAUAAUGCGUACAAUAUGUGUCAGUGUGUCGUACCCACCUCACGGCGACCAUAUAUAUUGUAUUAUUAUUUUUCAUUAUUUUUUUUUUUUUUUUUUCCGGAAAACCAUACCAGCGGAUGUGCCAGUGAUUAUAUUGUCCGUCGCGUAUAGUAUAUGAUAAUUAUCACGUGAUAUAUAUACACAUAUAUAUAUAAUAUAUUAUAUGUAUAUAUGCAUAUCGCAUAUAUUAUAUUGUACAUAGAUAUUAUAUACUGUACGUAUGUAUGUAUGUAUGUAUGUAUGUAUGUAUGUAUGUAUGUAUGCAUAGCUAUCGCUAUGUAUAUAAAUAUCUCAUUUACUCCCCGAACCGACGGCGGGAAGGAACGAAAUUACGCAUACCGUUAUAUAUGGGUUAGUCGUGCAAAAUAUACAUUUUAAAUUUAAAAACAGUAACCUAACGUGGCUGUGCUAUUUUUUUUUCCGUAGAAAUAAUAUUAUUUGUAAACGUACGCAGACACGCGACUAUCUAUAACAUGGGUAUUAGGUUUGGCCUAAGACUAGUACUCGACCUACGCAUUUUUUUUGUUUUUUACGAAGACCGUGUGGAAAUUCAUAAAAAUAUAAUCGUAUGUUCUGUAAUUUGCAACACCUGUUUUGUUGGUACCCGUACAUAAUGCCAAAAAAAAAUUUUAAAAAAUGUUUAUUAUUUAGGCUGUUAUUAAAUGCGCUUAAACGAUUAGAAUUUAAAACAUAUAUACUCAUUCAUACUUCGAGAUCCGAGAUGUAGAUAAUAAAAUCGUAAAACAAGCCUAUAUAAUUGUAUAUUUAUAUAAUUCUUAUAAUAAUAUUACGUACAACGUACAUGAAUACCUAUUAAACAUCAAUUUCUUAUAAUUUAAAUUCACCUUCGUAUCAUGUAAAACAAAUAAAAUUAACGUAGUUAUAGAAAAAAAUUAGUAGUCUUUUUUACCUGCUUAGAAUUGUCAUAUAAUAAUAUAACUAUAUCAUAUAAUAAAUAGAAAGUUAUGAUUAAAAAAAAAAAAAAACCGUUGAUUUUGUUACCUAUUUGGAGAGUUUAGAAAUAUUUGUACCAAAUACUGAAGUAAACAUGGAUCUAACAACCAUACACAUUUUUUAACACAACAUUUUCUAAAAUUACGAAAAAAAAUUCAACUUGCUUAAGGGUUUUACAUUUAAAACAUACCCAAAUCAAGGUAUACCUAAGUUUAUUAAAUACCAAUUUCAUCAUGUACUAUAUGUACUUAUUCAAAAUUAUAAUUCGCAUUCAACUUUAAAAAUGCAUUUAAUACUAAAUAUUAACUUUAUGGCGACUUUACCUAUUAGAAUAUACAUACCUCUAUAUGCUCUAGCUAAGACAAUGUAUGAAGAUAGAUAGGUACGAACAUUAUAAAAUGUAUAAAUUAUUUAGUUUUUAUGAAUUUCCUAUUUAUUACUUACAAGUGACAAUAUUGUUUUAAAUGUUGUUUGUGUCAGUGGAACUACUUAAGUUAUCUAUCAUUCAGUUUUCUUUUCAUUUUCUUUACUCGAAUAAUUCUCGGAUAAUAAUAAUAAAUAAAUAAUCACCCACUCAAAAUCAAUAGUUACCUAUUAAAAUGCAUGCGCGUUUAGAAAAUAAAAUAGUGUUGACAUUGAUUUCAACCAUAUAAAAAUAUCAUUUGAUGCAUAUAUUUUUAUUUCACAUUGUGAUCGUUUUUUGUAAUAUGAGAUAAUAAACACAAUAUUAACAGUUUUUUUUUUUAUCAGAAUAAAAAAAAACCUUUAUAAGUACAAGCUACAAGAUAAAAAAAAUGUAAACCUACAACAAAAAACGUGCACCUACUAGACUAAAAUCUAAAAUAUUAUUGUUAUACAAAAUUCGAAAAAAAAAAAAUAAAACCAAACAGUAUAUUAUUAUAUAGGUUCAGGACAUUUUUAUUUUGCUGCUUAAACAAUAUCAAUUUCAAACAAUCCAUUUCGUGUUUACAAAAUAGUGUAACUAUUAUGCGAUUAACAUAUUUAAGUAGGUAGGUAUACUAUUACGUCAGGAAAAUCCAUUAUUUAUAUUGCUAUUGCUAUUUGUUUACUCAAAAGAGAAAAUUCAAAAUACCUAUCGAACUAUAAAACUUAAAAUCUACUAUUGAACUUAAAAUAACUAUUAAACUAUAAAUCAGUUUAAAAAAAAAUGUAAUAAAUAUAAUACAGAUAAAUUUUACUUUAAUCAGUAAAAAAACGUUGAUACAUGGAAACAUGUUUUCAAAAUUGUAUAUGACUAGCACAUUUCGCACCCUUAUUAAUAACCGUAGGUACAUUUUAUAACAAACCCUAUGCCCCCAUAUAUUAUAACAUCAUUAUUCAGUCAGGCAUGCUCUUAUUACUAUAUGUUUAUUUUAUCCAGUAUUAUUCUUGGCAAUUUAUUUCCUUCAUAAUAUUAUGUUUAAUAUUAUAUUUUUUUUUUUAUUUAUACAUUUUGCUUUUCAAGCCUUACAGGCUUCUACUUAUUAGUGUUAUGUUAUUUAAUUAUUUUGUUUGCUUUAUUAAUUAUUAUUUAUAUAAUAAUAUGUAUGUUCUAAAUAAAAUUGGAAUUAUUAUGAA